AUGAAUGAGUCACGUGAAGACUUGGCUGCCUGGACGGCCUCCAUGUGGGACAAGUUGCAUGAAUUCCGGGAGGACAUGCCCAACUUGAGACCAGUCCUCGACAUCCUCGACGAAGGACCCGCGGCAAAGGAAACCGUUUUCGAGUUCCAGCUUCGUUUCCAAUCACACCUGGACAACUACAUCAGACGACGAAGCAAGCCUCAAUAUGUCGUGGGCGGGGUUCAAGAAGAACGUGAACCGGGCAACGACCCAGGACACGUCGAAAGAACAAACGAUCGAGACUACGAAGUCGAAGAAAGACGAUACAGAACGAUGGAAGCGGCAGCGAACCGACUGCAGAAAGAAGCGAAGGGAUAUCUGGACAGCCUGCGAGCAAUGACGGCAUCACAAAUGAGAAUUGCCGAGACGAUCGACGCAUUUUACGGCGACGCUGGUACAAAAGAUGGAGUUUCGCGAUCAUACAAGCAGGCCGUCGAAGAUUUGGACGCGGAAACAAUCAAAGCUCUUGACGGACCAUACCGGACCACAGUCCUCGAACCAAUUUCUCGCUUCUGCGCCUACUUCCCCGACAUCAACGAAUGUAUCAAAAAACGCAACAACAAACUCCUCGACUACGACGCAAUACGUGCCAAAGUCAAGAAACUGGUGGAAAAGCCAGACAAAGAUGUGACAAAACUGCCACGAGCAGAAAGAGAAGCCGAAAUGGCCAAGCAAGCUUACGAGCAACUCAACGAACAACUUUUUACCGAAUUACCCCAACUCAUCGACCUGCGUGUACCUUACCUCGAUCCCAGUUUUGAAGCGCUUGUCAAGAUCCAACUCAGAUUCUGCGCCGAAGCAUAUAGUCGUAUGGCGCAAGUUCAGCAAUACUUGGAUCCUGAUACUCGAGAUCAAUACGCCCGUGGAGACCUGGACAACCGUGUCGAACAGGUUCUUUCGGAGAUUCGAGAUCUGACCAUCGCCGGUACUGUGUGA